AUGAACAGCUUUCUGAAACACCAACAAGGUGUUACAUGUUCAGUGGGCAAAGAUAUAUUUUCCAUUCAAAUCAAAGUGUGUAACUCUUCUUUCCUUCAGGGCAAGCAACCGAUUUUCGUUACAAACAACAGCACGAAAUCAAGGGUUCAGUACCAGGAGAAAUUCACAAAAAUGGGAUUUGUGGUAUCUAAGGAUGAGAUCUUCGGUACGGCGUACUGUGCAGCUCUCUAUCUGAAGUACAAACUCCAUUUCAGCGGCAAGGUUUAUCUGAUGGGGAUGACAGGAUUGGAAGAGGAGAUGAAGGAACAUGGUAUUGAGUACAUCGGAACAGGGCCAGAUGAUGUGGAAGGUCAAAUUCUAGAACAUCGAGCUGACAGCGUAGUUCUUGACCCAGAUGUCAGUGGUGUUGUAGUAGGGUUCGAUCAGUACUUCAGUUUUAUGAAGCUCCUAAAGGCUGCUUCCUACCUGAGCAGACCUAACUCGGUGUUCAUCGGUACCAACGUGGAUCAACAAUUCCCGCUCAGGAACUCGGAUAUCGUCAUGCCUGGCACAGGCUCCCUCGUGCGACCUGUAGAAGUUGCUGCAAACAGGACAGCAACUGUUCUUGGCAAACCUAGCAAAUUUAUGUUCGAUUGUAUCCAAGAAAAAUUUGACGUGAACCCUGACCGGACGGUGAUGAUCGGUGAUCGUCUGAACACAGACAUCCUCUUAGGUAAGAACUGUGGAUUGAAAACCUUGGCCGUCUUGACUGGAAUCACGAGUGAAGAAGAGAUCCUGGCCUUCCAAGGUAGCGAAAAGGAAGAGGAAAGAGAACUGGUUCCAGACCUUUAUAUCGAGUCAAUAGGGCAUUUAGGCAAGCUUUUGGACUAGGUGUUUGUGUUUAAGUAGACAUUUUGUAGUAGAGUAAAAGCUAUUUAUGAAGACCUCCAAGAGGUGAGAAAAUUGAUCUAUAUAGACAGUUGUUGAAAGAGAGGAGAUCAGUGAAAGAUGGGAGAUCGAAUUGGUACCAGGUAUUUACUCUGUAUAUCGAGUCGGCAUUUAGGCAAGUUUCUGGACUAGGUAUUUGGGUUUAACUAGAUAUUUUGUAGUAGAGUAAGAGCUGUUUAUGAAGACCUUUAAAAGGUGAGAAAUAUAUCAAAAAAGACAAAUGGC